UAAUAAGUUGGCGCAUCAAAGACACGGAAAUCCUCUCUCUAUUCUCUCCCCUAAAGAAACACGAUAAAAUUCGACAGAGGAUUCGGGAGGACUUCCGCCGUCCGGGAGGCGAAGAGAGGGCGAGAUGGGGGCGUCCGAAUCUGUGCUGGAGACCUCCGUACACGAAUUCACCGUUAAGGAUUGCAACGGCAAGGAGGUGUGCCUGGACACGUACAAGGGGAAGGUCCUCCUCAUCGUCAACGUCGCCUCCAAAUGCGGGUUCACGGAGACUAAUUACACGCAGCUGACGGAGCUUUAUCAGAAGUACAGGGAGAAAGACUUUGAGAUAUUAGCAUUCCCCUGCAACCAGUUCUUGCGACAAGAGCCAGGCAGUGACCAGCAGAUCCAAGACUUUGCAUGCACAAGAUUCAAAGCUGAAUAUCCAGUUUUUCAGAAGGUGCGUGUAAAUGGCCCAGAUGCUGCGCCGCUUUACAAGUUUCUGAAAGCUAACAAACCUGGUUUGUUUGGUUCAAGAAUCAAGUGGAACUUUACCAAGUUUCUUGUUGACAAGAAUGGAAAAGUAAUCAACAGAUACGCAACUGCUACCACACCAUUUUCAUUCGAGAAAGACAUCCAGAAGGCACUUGAGGAGGAACCCUCUGACUCGCAGACAAAAAAAGAGGAGGAAUCCUCCGACUCGCAGAAGUAGGCACUUGCAAAGUAUCCCCGUUGUAAUAUCUAGACCAAUCUCUGCCAGUAAAUUAAUGUGAUAUUUCCCCUGGUUUGAUCUUUGUUCUUGUAUUUGUGACUUCCGCUUAUGCAACUAGAGGUUGUGUAGGUACCAAUUAUUUAUCUGCACCUCUCGUGGUUCUCUUUUGGGUGCUUUUGUGAUGAACUGGAAUUGUAUGCAGUUUAUGGUAGUUCUGUAUUUGGACUCAUCAUGUUUCACGUAAUGCUUUGUGACCCGGAUA